AUGGAAAAAGGAUAUGAAAAAUUAUCAAAAGUUCUAGGCUCAGACAAAAGUAAUAAACUUGAUUUUUUAGAAAAAAUAAUAGAAUGUGUCUUUCAAGACUAUGACUGCCUCCCUGAAGAGUUUGAAGCUCAAUUUUCAAAAUCGGUAGUUUACCUCCUCUGCUGAAUUUUGCUUCCAAGAAUCGACCCACCUCCAUUACCCCAAGAUUUAUUAAUCCUACGCUCUCAACUCGACAUUGACACUUCUAGUUUAUCUUCCAUCUUAUACAGCAAGCUGAUAGAAACCUACAAUAAGCCAGGCAUACCAGAAACUUAUAAAAUUUUGCUUUACAAUGACACACUUAUUUCAAUAUCUUUACUGAUCCCAAAAUUUAACACAGAAUUUUUAUCUGUCCUUCUGGCUAGUGACUCUAUUCCUCCUUUGCUAUGAAUUCUUACUUAUACUCAGUAUGCAAGCAUUGCAAUCCAAUUGCUGCCAAGAGCUAUCAUAAAGAAAGAUGGAGUAAAAGAAUUGAUUAAUUCCUUCGGCAAAGGUGACAAUAAAGACAAGCUUAAAAAUCUCGCUGUAAAAGUGCUGACUUCUCCGCCUAAUAAAUGAACAGAAAUACCAAGAGACGAGUAUGUAAGAAAUAUAUGUGAUCAAGCCGUAGACUUGAUGAUAAAUCAUAAGUGCGAUGCAUAUGUAGACUCUAUAUUAAGUGAAACUGCUAAUAUAUUGCUAAAUAAUUAUCCAGAUGAAGUUCUAAACUUAUUUUUGAGACAUAUAAUGAUAACUCCAGGAGAAAUUGAAAGCAAAAUGAUUUGUCUAGAAUAUUUGAUGAAAUAUAACCCUCCUCAUAGGCUUAUAUUAUACCAUGUAUCUAAUAACUUUGCGUUUUUUAUGAAUGCUUAUGAGUAUCUUCAAGGCUAUAAAGCAUUAUUGGUUAACUCAACAGUAAAUUCUAUUAUGCUGCAAUUUUUUAAGUAUUGGCCUGAAGCCUCUCAUCAGCUUUAUGAUUAUGUGUCGCAGCCUGACCAUUUAUGAUCAUUUACUAUCAAUGAUGACGGACAAGUCUUUGCUAUAGAUACUGCUCCAGAUCCAAUUGAAAAAAUUGAUUUUUACAAUAAAAUCACAAACUUGAUUGAGCUACUCUCUUCUUCUCCUUUAUCUGAAAAAGCUUGUGCAGACCUAUUUUCAAUGCUUCUCCAGCGUUUUAACGAGUCCUCACCUCUAGAUUCUGUAUAUCUCAUUGUAUAUAUGGUUCAAAAUUUAGGACAAGAAAGGCUGCUUAUGCAUCCUAAACAUAUGAGCUUCUUUUUAACAAAAAUGCUUGACUCCCAAGACCCAAGUAUUCUUGAAAUCACUUUGACAAUCCUCUCAAUGAGCUUAGCUGGCGUCUCUUUUUCCAUUGAAGAUAAAUCCUUUUUAAUCCAAAUUUCUCCAAAAGUAAUCGACCUUACAAGCCAUCAAAACCUUGAAAUAAAGCAGCUAGCUGGUGCUGUGAAUUCUAUGAUUUCUCAAGCGAUUUCACAAAGCACUAUAGAAGUCACAAAAGACGAUAAAUAUGCAGACAUAUAUAAAGAUCUAAGCUCAAAAAAGCCAUAUGAAAGAGCAUUAGGGUUAUUCAGGAUAAGCACACUAAUAAAAAACCAAGAAAUCGAAAUCCCAUGGAGUGCUAUAGAAAAUGCUAUAGAAGACGAAGACACUUUUGUGUUUGGGAACUUAGUUAAAGCUUAUAUGAGCUUGUUUACUGUAAAGAGAGAGCUCACAUUGCAGAGGCUUAAAACUGUUUAUCGCCAAGCUUCUGUUUUAUCGAAAGAAAAAAUUAUGGAAAUUAUAUAUCAGUUGAUAAGAAUGAUGCAGGAUAAAACAAUUUUGGUAGAGUCUAGCUUGUUUGUGUGGAUGAUAAGUUUGUUUAGUACAGAAGAAGAUGAAAUGCUGAGAAAUGGAAUUAUGAGUGUGAUUGCUGAGCUUGUGAAGUAUGGAAAAGGAGGGAUAAGUGGGGGUUUUUCGUUUGUGAUGAGAUCUGCUCUGAAUUCAGUGAAAAUAUCUUCUGCAAGGGUACAGUCAGCACAGCCUGUUGAUGGUCUGCUAGUGUCUGCUUUAAAGCUGAUUGCUAAAGCAGUUAAGCAUGUUCCUAUUGAAAUUCUUCAGGAUGAUAUCCAGGAUAUCCAUGAUUCAGUACACAUUUUAGAACAAUUUUAUAAAAAAGACGAUAAUAUCUCUAUACUUAUCAAAUCUAUACUUAUAAAGCUAGAAUCUUUAUAUUCAGAGCUGCUAGGAACGAUAAACAUUAAAAAUGUUCCAUAUGAUUUUGGAUUUAAAUAA